AUGACCACCACCUUCUCAUCUCUGCCCGUUGUCGAUGUUGGCCCUCUCGGGUCGCCCUCAGGGCCUUCCACAGAAGAAGCAACCACCCUGGGCCAGCGACUCUACGAGGUGUUCGCCACGACAGGCUUCGCCUACCUGACCAACGUCCCAUUGAGCUUCAACCACGCAGACGUCUUCCAGCUGUCACGAGAAUUCUUCGCACUGCCUGAGGAGGAGAAGAUGAAGCUCGCCAAGCGAUCAUUCCGGCGCGACCACCAUAACACAUAUCGAGGAUACUUCCCCACGCAGCCAGAGUUAGCGUCCGACAAUCUGAAAGAAGGGUUCGAAAUGGGACCAGCGCAGCCGAUUCACACCACCUCGUCCGUCGCGCCGUCGUCCAAGUUCAACCUGGCCGAGCCGAACGUCUGGCCCGAUACGAGUGUCUUCCCGUCUCGCGCGAAGCUUGAGAAGCUUUACGUCGAGUUGCAGACGCUCGCCUCGCAGCUGCUUUCGCUGCUGGCCGUGUCGCUGGGUAAAUCGGCGGACUUUUUUGCACCAUACCUGGAGGACUCGCUGAGCACGCUUCGACUGCUGCACUACCCUGCCGUCAGCUCUGCUGCAUCUGGGUCUGGCACUGCCGGCUCAGAUGAAGUCAAACUGAGCUGCACACAGCACACCGACAGCGGUAUUCUCACUCUCCUGCACCAGGAUUCCACCGGCGGGCUCGAAGUGCGCAACUCCUCGGGCGAGUGGGUCGCCGCACCGUAUAUCCCCGAGUCGCUUGUGGUUAACAUUGGUGACCUGAUGGCCAAGGUGUCGGGCGGGCGCUUCGUCGCUACCAUGCAUCGCGUGUGCGCGCCAGAGCUGACUUCUUCUGCUGCUGCGAUGACAGGCCAGCAGAAUAGCAAGGGCAGGGCCCUGGGUCGGAUCAGUGUGCCGUUCUUCUUUGAGCCUGGGGAGAAUUGUCUGGUGCGGUCUGUUGAUGGUGAUGAGGGCUUCGUUUUGUAUGGUGAGCAUGUGCGGGCGAAGAUGAAGACCUGGGUUGAGUUCCAGGAUGAUGAGGAUAACUGA